GAGACUCCUUCCUGGCGCCGGUGCCGCGACCCCCGAGCCGUCUCCUCGCGAGUUCGCCCCCCUGCGGCACCGACUCACCUCGCCGUCGCGUCGAUCUCCAUCUCGCCAGCAGCAGUGCCGGCCGUCUGCUGCCUCCUCCGCAUCCUCGCUCGCUGGGUAGGGAGGUUUUCUCUAUUACCAGUGUUUGGAUUUCCUCGAGGCAAAUGAGCUUUCACGGGUGGGUGUAGUGAGAAAGUCCUGUUUUCAGGAUUUGUGAUGGAUUCAGGAAAACGUAAUGGAAUGAGCCUGAAGGACAGAAGAGAAUUAGUAUAUGAAGUUUCACAAUGGCCACAAGGUGCCUCUGAGAUUUUACAAUGUUGGACUCGCAGGGAUCUUCUUGAGCUUAUCUGUGCUGAGUUGGGCAAGGAGAGGAAAUACACUAAUGUUUCAAAAUCUAAAAUGAUAGCUUAUCUGUUGAAAUUAGUUUUACGAAAGAAUGGACAGCUAAAGAACGAUAAUGCAAAUGCUUCAAUUUUGGGACAGAAUAACGAAGAUGACACAGAGAAAGAAAAUGGGGAACAACCACAUCAUUUCAGUAGUAGCACAAAUUAUGAUUCAUCAAUGUGCAAAGAGGCCCAAGCUGGCAGCGUAGCGGUAUGCCAAAAUGUUGCAUGCCAGGCCAUUCUGAGGUCUGAAGAUGCAUAUUGCAAGCGUUGCUCUUGCUGCAUUUGCCAUAAAUAUGAUGAGAACAAAGAUCCUAGCUUAUGGUUGGUUUGCAGCUCUGAUACACCUUACUCUGGCUAUUCAUGUGGUACAUCAUGCCACCUAAAGUGUGCACUAAAGAAUAAAAAGGCUGGCAUUCUCAAGAAUGGGUGCAAGAAAUCAGAUGGUAGCUUCUAUUGUGUUUGGUGUGGGAAGAUGAACUGGCUAAUGAGGAGUUUGCGUAAGCAACUGGCAAUUGCAAGAGGAGCUAGAAGAGUUGAUGUGCUGUGUGAGCGUUUGUCAUUGAGUUGUAAAAUGGUGAAAGGGUCUGAGCGUUACAGCGAACUAGCAAACAUAAUCAACUCAGCUGUGAAAAUACUUGAGAAAGAAGUCGGUGGUGCAUUAGAUCAAGUGUCUGCAAUCACAGGACGAGGCAUCGUGAACCGGCUUUGUUGCUGUGCUGAUGUUCAAAAACUUUGUUCACGUGCAAUAGAAAUGGUAGAUUCCACAUUGACUAACACCUUGGACCUUGAAAUGGACAAUAAUCUGAAAGCGGGAGGUUCCCAGCCUCAAGUCUUUUUUGAGGAGAUCACUCCAUUUUCUGUGCUUGUUGUAUUGAAGUACCAGGAUAGUAUUGCUGAGGAGAUUGAUGGUUGCAAAGUUUGGCACCGAAGUGCAGACAUGGCAAACUAUCCAGCAGAGCCCACUUACCACGUUCUGAGACCAAAUACAAGGAGUCUUGUUUCAGGUCUAAGCCCUUCAACUGAAUAUUUCUUCAAGGUUUUGCCUUUUGGCUGCUCACAGGGAUAUGGCGACUGGGAGGGAAAAUGCUCUACACUGAGCCUUGACCAUGGCAGCAGCCAGUGCUCAACACAGAAUUCUGGGAGCAUGUGCAUCAAGGUGGAUUUGAUGCAGCAUCAGAAAAAUGAGUUGAAUUUGAAGAACAAGCAGCGGAGGGCCAUUCAAUAUGACUCGCCCUCGACAAACUCGAGCGAGAACAAUGUGUCUGUUGACCUGUAUCCUAAGCGAGCUAAGUUCGCAAGGUUGGAUGGUGCAAGUGACAAUGACGAAAGCCAGCUGCUGCCAACAUCAGAAGUUUUACCAUUUGUGAGCUCCAACUCCUCUCUUUCAGAAGUUCCAAGCAAACCUGAUUGGCUUAGCAGCACACCAGAUUCUGUCUGCAAGAACCAUGUCGAGAGGCAGUACGAGUACAGUGUGAAGGUCAUCAGAUGGCUGGAGCACGAAGGGCACAUGGACAAGGACUUCCGUGUGAAGUUCCUCACUUGGUUUAGCCUGAAGGCAUCGGCACAGGAGCGACGCAUUGUGAAUGCCUUCAUAGAUGCUCUGAUCAGCGAGCCGGCUAGCCUGGUAGCACAGCUGAUUGAUGCAUUCUUGGAAGUUGUCUGCAGCAAGGAGAAGCCUUCUCAACCGAAUGGUGGGUGCUGCAACCUUUGUCAUUAGAAAGUUCCUAUGCUACCCAGAGUCCUACGGGUGUUGAUAUUUUUGCCAAUAAUCAUCUGCAUCGAAAGCUGAGCAAUUCAAGCUAUGGCUCAUUGCUUCAUUUAGUUAAUUUAACACCACUUGCUGAUUGCUAGCUAGUCUGAAUUGUGGUAGUGGUGUUGGUUAUGUUAGGCGCAUGAACUAAGCUCUCAAGUUACUGACAAGUGAUUCCUGGAAUGCUAUAAAUGGAGGUAGCUUUAGAUGCUUCAAUUCUGGUUUUCUGAUCCAUAAUGAUUAUAUCAUUGUAUUUAUUAGCAAAUUUUAUGAAACCCAUCUUUUAUAGUUGAAGUUGCAUAAAACCUCAUGUUUUAUGACUCGGGACACAACCCCGGGUAAACCACAUCC